AUGUAUAGAAAUUAAAAAAAAUAAAAACUAGGAUUCUUAAAGUAAAGUAAAUCACACAAUAUUUGUUUAAUGAUUAUAAAGAAAGUUUCUAAUUUCAUGAUAAAGUUAAGCUUUUGAAUUUUGUUGCUAAACGUAUUUUGAAUUUAAUCUAUUUAAAGUUCUUCACACAAUUUCAAAUCAAGGAGAGUUAUAUUUAAAUAAUCUUUAUUAUAAUACUUUAUUAAUAUAAUAGAUUUAACAAUAUCCAAAAACAUUAUAAUUUAGUGUUACUUAUAAGGGUCAAAAUUUUUAAGUAACUGAAGGUGGAAAAGUUGUUGAGUAGACUGGUGGUAAUAGUUACUAGUAUUGUCUUUGUGAAUAAGCAAUUCAAAAGACUGGGAAAAUAUUGUUUGCAUUCUAAAUUCUCAGUUUAACAUCUAGUAUGUAUAUUGGAAUUGGAUUUAGAGAUAUUAUAUAAAAAAAUAAUUAUUAAUCUGCAGGAGUUGGGUAUGGGUAUAGGUAUUAAAUUAUAAUAGAUCACAUAUGAUAUCUUAACAUGGUUAUACAUACUCACAUCAUAAUAAAGAUAUAAGUAGUAAAUAAUUAUCAUUUACAUAUACAACUAAUGAUAUAAUCAUAAUGGAAGUAAGUAUUGAACAUAAGUAUAUUAAAUGGACCAGAUCAAAUAAUCCAUUAGCAAAAGUUGUAAUUAUCAAAUCUAUUAUUAGUAGAUGGAAAUAGAUACAUCCAUAUCAUAAGAAUUAUAUCCAUGUGUAUUGAUUUAUUAAUCAUCAAAAGUUAAAAUAUUGGAUAAUAUUAUUUUCUAUAGAUAUUUACAAUAUUAUUCUUAAUUUUAAAGAAAUUAAAUGUGGUGUUUUAUGCUAAAAACGAUACAUUUUAUUUAAAUACAAUUCUAUAAUUUCAACAAGAAAUUAUUUAAGUUUCUCAAUAUUAAAAUAGGCGAGAAUCGAAAAACUUUUCAGAACAUAAAUGUUAUCUAUCUUGAUUCAUAAAAUUUUUGUAAUUAAGUGGAAAAAAUAUUUUAAACAUUGUAAAAGUUAUUGAAAAAUGUUAAUUCUUAUACAAUUUAAUAUAUUUAAUCGGUUUGGCUUUUCGAUUAAAUGAUUAUUAUAUUAAUCAAAUUAUUGAUAAAAGUUCAUUCCUAGCCUACUAGAAACAUAUCUUUAGCGGUUGUUUAUAUUUAUUUUUAAUUGCCCUAUCUCAUUUAUUGUUUAUUUAACUAAAAAAAAGAAUCCCUCAUUGAUUUAAUUAUAUUAAUAAUAUGA